GAAAGCUAAUCGCUAACCCCACUGCUUACUGUCUUAAGCCAGCCUGUGCCCUGCUACAACACAGAACAUGAAUGACAGGUUUCACACAAAUGCUUCAUAAAGUCAUAAAGGCCUCAGUGGAAGGCCUUUGCUUUCCCUUUGUCAUCUCGCUCUAUCUUUGUCCCAGAAUUGGAGAUCUGAGGUACGUGACGCAGCCGCUUGGCUCGUUUGCAGCGCGUUUGCUUCAACAGGCUGCGAAUGUUGUCAUCCCGGAGCAAUGUGCACUUUGAGUGACGAGCUGAAGAAAGAGGUCGUGUAUUCACAUUGUUUGCAGAGGUAGUGGCGCUUUGUGCUCCUGUGUCCUUGAGACGUGAUUGUUGCUGUGACUGCUUUGACUGACCAUGGCUACAUCAUCCUCUCAGAAGCAACAAAUUCUCCUCGAUUUGAUAAAGCAUAUUCAGGAGCAAGGUGGUAUCAUAACUUCUAACCAGCUUGCUGGCUUUUAUACCAAGCACCCUUCGUAUCGUGCUUUGAUAAAGAACGUGGUGAGUUUCUGCAAAGAGUAUCCUGACCACAUCUCCGUUGGCCCAUCAGACGGCCCUCACCUGCAGCUCAAGGUCAAGAUGCCCAGCCAAGUGUCUCCAGCACGUGCUUCUAGUUCCACCACCUCCAACAGUCUGAUAUCUGCGACAUCCAUGCAAGUUGCUGCUCAACUUGCAAUCUUUCUGGGAGAACACCGAGGAGGUUCCAUGCUUGCUUGUCAACUCCACCAGUACUAUGCUGAACAUCCUAGCCACAAGAGCGUCAUAAAUAAGCUUCCGGUUUUCUGUGCAGAACAUCCAGGGCUUUUGCAUUAUGCUUAUGAUGGAGGUGGGGGCAAGUUGUACCUGCCCAAGCAUUGCUGCUUGUUUCUGCAGGGCCGCUGUGAGAAGACGUCCACCCACCAGGGCUUUUUGCACAGCCAGGUUCCAACAGGUGCAGCUCAUUGUCAGCAUGGCAAGCAGUGCACUGCAGGCCACUGGGCGAAGAUUGAGGCACAGGCGAAAGGUCUAAAAGGCAAGGGGUCUGGCAAAGGGACCGGUAAGAGCACCGGCAAGAAUACGGGUAAGGGCCAGGCAACUCCAAGCUCGAUUGCAGCAAACUUGGCAUUGUUUAUCCAUCAGAUGGGCGGUUCCAUACAUGGAAGCAUCCUCGGUGAGUAUUACAAGCUUCAUCCUUCUCAUAAGGCGAUCAUCUCAGAUGCAGGAGCGAGGGCCUUCUGCCAAGCUCAUGACGGUCUGUUGGUUUUUGAGGGCAACACCAUCAGCUUAGCAUCAUACUGCUGCUACUUUUUGAGGGACUGCUGUCCUGCCAAAAAAGAUCACAAAGAUGGACGCCAGCAUGUGAAGCCUGAAACCAUCCCAAUGUGCAACUUCCGUGAGAAGUGCUUGUAUGGUCAUUGGCAGGCGAUUGAACAAAAGGCAAGAGGCACAGCAGCUGCGCAAACUCCGAGUGUGCCUGUUGCAACUGCAGAGCCCAUUUGUGGGGAGAUCGAGGUACCCGUUUCGCAAAUUCGCUGGUGCCAUGACAGCAUCAGGGUAGUUUUCCAAGAUAAACGCCUUGUUGCCACCAUGCUGAAGGAACUGCUUGAUGGCAAUUUGCUCACGCACCAGAUCCCUCAGAUUGACGUCUUGGAAAAUGACAACACUCUCUAUGCGUGGUCAGGCAACAGACGAUUAUGGGUACUACGUGAAUUUGAGAAGCUUACCCAGAAGGAGGUCAGAGUAAGGGUGAAGAAGAGGCGGAGCAAGCUUCCGAAGAGUUCACCGAAGUUCUCAACCACGAAUGAAGGCUGUUCGGUCACCUUCUUCACGCACAACCGGAAAGACCAUUUCCCGAGCAUGAGCUUCGCUCUUGCAGCCCUUUCUCCUGCGUCCACUCCAAGCCUCUGGGAUGUAGAGCUGGGAAAGACCAUUUGCGGAGAUUUAAAAUCUCUCCCCCUUGGGGAGAUUCGAUACUUAGGCGAAGUGGGUUACUUGCAAGAGACCAUGCCCCGCAUCGAUUUGAAGGAGUAUCUCUUGCAAAAACCUUAUCUUUUCACAGUUUCUUCGGACGCGACAGACAACUUGGUCAGCCUCACCAGCUGCUUGGAUUGUCUAGAACACCUGGCGCGCGUGUCUUUGCUGAAUGGAUCGUCCACUGUGAACCUGGACGUGGUCGAGAAGGAUGACGAGCCAGAGGAAACGCAAGACUUCCAGAGUGUGCAGGGUGAAUGUGAGACGGAGAUCUUGGGUGGCUACACUGAAUCUACAUUGGAAGCAACUUUGCAAAAUGCCCUUGCCCCCAACGGGCAGUCUCUUUCACUUUUUGCGCUUCAAGAAUACGCAGAUCUGCCGAACGACUCUGACACCUGCCGCAUUUUGCUCUCUUUUUUGACGCAGCGACCAUAUCUUUUCAAGUUGUCUGGCAGCGAGUUCGGCCACGUAUUUUCUCUCGCCGAUGGUGCCAGGCAUCGGUUCGAGACAGAAAGAGUUGGAGAUGAUCUGGUCCAAGACGUGCCCAACAAAGGGGACAGCAUUGGGGGCCUCCAUCAAACUGAUGCAGCCUCUGCCAAACUGGCAAUAUCAUGCCGCUUGCGCGAGGAAGGAGGUGAAAGCGUGCCACUGUCAUUCUUGGAGCAUGAUGAGGUUUGCGGGGCCUAUUUCCCAGAUCCCUGCGAUCUUGAAAAUUUUGUGCGAGAACGGCCCCAAGAUUUCUUUUUGUGGACCAGUGAUCAUGGCAAGAUGGUGUCUUUGGUCAAGGAAAGCAGCUCCGCUACCAGAUGGAAGAAAAACCACUUAACUCGAGCAGCCCACCCACCAUCCGCGGAAGAUUCAGAAGCAAUCGUACCUGAAGAAAGCUGCAAUCUUGGCGUCGCAGCCAGAGACGGUACCGACAGCGAGGAUCACAGUGCGGCCAGUGAUUCUGUCAGGUGGGAAGACCAAGCUACGAAGCCCAUGGAAGGAUCCCAAGGAGAUUCGGACGCGGCGGAAGAGUGGGCAGAACAGGUGGAGGAGGUUGAGAAUUUUGGAGCGGGAAGAGGGCUCUCUCCAAGCGCAAGCGCAAGGGCUGGCCACCACUACCAAGAUGCCGAGGGUCAAAAAGAAGAUGCUGGCGAUUCUGGAGGAGCCUUUAGUAUGCUGCUGCCGUCACGCAUUGCAGCAGCACCAAUGAACUUCACGGAGCUCUUUUCCUCAGCCCAUAGACUUGUCUUCCAAUCAGGUGCUCCCAUGAAGGUUGCCUUAUGUACUGGUUGGCUGGAACAAAGCAAGUUGCCAGCCACUGUGAUCUCGCAACGUGAUUUGGACGAGUUGGCAAAGAGGUUUGGUUGGAAGGAGUCAGUGGACUCAGUGCAUAUCAAAGGGUCACCCCACAAGGCCAGUUUCGGUCUGUGCGAUUCGCAGCGAAUUGGCAGAGUCACUGUGCACAUUGGCCGCCAUUUGUCAAGCCUUCACCGGAAAGCUCGUGACUUGUUCGACCAGGGAUCUACGAUUGUUUUGGGCCCAGCUGGCUGCGGGAAGACGACGCUUUUGCGUGAUGUUGCAAUUGGCAUGUCACGUCAGUUUCAGGUUCUUGUGGUGGACUUCUCUGGGCACCUAGCAGACAUCAGUCUUCACAGUGAAGACCUUGGCUACGUCCAAGCGAAGAUUGCUAGCGAAAUGGAGAUGGAGGCCGUCCGGUUAGCGAUCGAAGCGCAUGUGCCGGAGGUCAUCGUCGCAGAGUUUUCCAGCACGUACUCUGCGCUACAAGCAGGGCGUGUCUGUGAUGAAGCUGGUGUUCGCCUGGCGUGCUCAGUUCGUAGCAAUGUCCGCUACUUGGUGGAUGCGUUCGUCCACUGGUACACGGGUCGGCCGGAAAUGCGGGAACUGGGAUGUCUCAAUUUUCCGUUUCCUUCGGCAGUUGUGCUCUCAAGACAAUCUCCCGAGUGGGAGGUGUUGACAGAUGCUCCAGGCACAGUAUGUGGCAUGGCAGCUGGACGUUUGCCAGCUUGUGACAAGCAUCAGCAAGACAAAUAAAUGAGCAAGACGGACCUCUUUGUCAUAGAACUCUCAGAUCUAUUCAGACUGUGUCGUGUCUUUCUCUGCUGAAUCAGACUCGCGCUCAUGAAGCUCUGGAGCUCGCGAGAAAAGACC